CUCCAACACAGGCAAUAGGUAAGGUAAUAACUAAUACUACUACCAGGUGAAGACCAUUCUUCAGAAAUAAAUCAAGCAGAGUAAAUCCAACAGAAUAAAUCAACGUCAUGUCUUAUACUGACAUCGGCAUUGCCGCGUCGGACAGUCCGAAACAACCACAAAUAAAUCCCUGAAGGAUACAGCUGUAUACACUCCAACAUCUCAAACAUCAAAUAUCAAUUGCCAGCAGAAUGUCUCCAAACGGCCAGUCCUUCCUCCUCGACCCCGAGAAACGCACAGGCCCAACCCGGUUCUCCCACGCCCGCGUCGUGCAGCCCUCCACACACCACACAAUCUACGUCUCCGGAAUCGCCGCAAUCAGCCCUGAUGGAAGCUACGAAGGGGUGGUUGAAAACCCCGACGGCACAUUUACAGUCGAUGUGCGGCAGCAGACAGCUGCUAUCCUGCGCAGGGUCGACAGCAUCAUCCAGGGCGCUUCCGGAGGGAAGGCCAAUCUCUACAAUAUUGUCGACACCACCGUCUACAUCUUGGAUAUGAAGACUCAGUAUGCGGGCAUGAACGAGGAGUGGAAUAAGAUCUGGUCGGAUAGAGAGAGUGCGCCUGCUCGUGCAACGAUUGGGGUGAGAGAACUGCCUGAUCCGCGCUUUGCGGUUGAGAUUAAGGCGACGGCGGUCUUUGAGAGUUAGGGCUGUCGGACUGUCCGACGACAUGUAAUACUUAAGCUUAUCUUAACAACCAGUCACUGAAGUAGUGUUAUAUUGGUUUCUAGAGCUAUUGUUAAGUUUUACUAUGCCU